GUCGCUCGUAUCGGCUCGGUUCGGUCCGGUCAAUUAGUCGCUCCCGUCGCGGGCCGCCGUCGCGUCGUCGUUCCCGUCGGUCAGUGGUCAGUCCAGUCUGUCGGACUGUCAGUCGCGAGACUCGCGAGUCGCGCCGCCGGUGCAGUGGCCGCGAGAACGGGUGCGCGCGUGUGUUUUGGGAUAUCCUCGUCGCGCGGAUGCGCUCGCCUUCCUCUCUGCCACCGCCUGCUCUCCCGGCGCCCGCCAGUCGUCGUCGUCGCCGUCGCCGUCACCGCUGUCACCGUCACCGUCCCCGCAGCACGUCGCAGCUCCCGUCGCCGUCGCGCGCCGCGAGAGGCACACGAUGUCGAGCGACGAGCCGUUUCACAGCCUGUUCACCGCCACGGACAGCAUCGACGGCAUCUGGCCCUUCCUGCAGAGCAUCGAUUGGAGGGAUCCAUGGCUAGCCGCGCUAUUGACUUUUCACGUUGCCAUCACGAUGACCGCGUUAAUGACAAGGAACCACGCGAAUUUUCAGAUAAUCCUGUUCCUCGUGCUCCUGCUCCUGGUUUAUUUCUCUGAAAGUAUUAACGAGGUUGCGGCGACCAACUGGAUGGUAUUCUCUAGACAGCAGUACUUCGAUUCGCAAGGCCUGUUCAUAUCCGUCGUUUUCUCCGUUCCCAUUUUAAUAAACUGCAUGAUCAUGGUGGCCAGUUGGCUUUAUCAAUCCAGUCAAUUAAUGACGAGCCUGAAGCGGGCUCAGCUGCGGCAGCAGGCCAAAAAUCGUCAGUCGAACGGGGAGACGACGAACGAGAGAACGGCCGCUCGACCGAAGCACGAAUGAAGAUCCGGAGAUCUAGUCAUGACACGCGGUAGAACGAGAAGAUGUUACGUGCUAUUUAAGGACAAGAGAGAAUCGCUAGAAUUAUACUUAUGUCGACUUACAGAUAGAUUUUAUAGAGCGCUGUGUACACUUGGCCAUCGAUUCGACAAGCGUUCCGACCUUUAUCGCGAAACGCCGAUUAGACUAGUUUGAUAUUUCACGCUGAGACCUGCGCGACGGAAAAAGGGGAGGGGAAAAAAUACAUACAACAAUAUAUUAGCGCAGUCGGAACGAUAACGCACGUCGGAGUUGCCUAGUCAAACAACUCUCCGUUUAGAACGUACCUCCCGACAUCGCGCGCCGUUUUACACACAACGAUUUUACGAAAUUAAACCACUUGAUGCGCAAAACGCAAACUGGAUUGAUGAGAGAUAAUCGGCCGGGCUACGAACAAUAACUACGCAGGAGGAGUAACAUGCGACAAGCCACGGUUUGUCCUUGUCUUAACAUUAAAGGCCGACUUCGACCAAAUUGUAGUCAUAUCCAUAAUUACAUUGUUAACUUAAUCGGCGGUUAUUUGCCAACACAGCAAAAAUGUUCAAUUGUAUUCGUCGUCUUCAAUAUUUAAUCUCUGCGUUGAGCGUGGAUAAUGAUUAUAAAAAAAAAUUAAUGAUUCCAUUCACGUUGAGUUGCAUAGGCGCUUGAUAUGUUAAUUGCCGAACGAAUUAAUUGAAGUUUGGUCGAGGUCGUCCGACGGGGAACAUUCCGCUAGUUUAUUUACGUUGUUUUGAUAUUCAAAUACUGGUCGUGAGAAUCAAAGUGUUCUUAAUGUGUAAUUAACGUACUUAUUACAUGAAAUAGCGCAGACACGUCACUUUCAUCGUAACAGCUCCGCUGUAAAGAGAUAUAACACAUUAAUUAAGGACCCUAAUACACACCUGUAUAUUUGUGUGUGUAUGCGCGCGCGCGCGUGUGUGUGUGUGUGUGUGUGUGUAUGCUGUGCGUAUACAAGCAUGUGUGAGCGAAUUUUGCGUGAGUCUUGCAAAUGUGGCCUUCCGCGAAUCGUGCUUCGCGAUUUUGAGGAAGGAAUGCUAGAUGUUCCCCCCUGGGGUGUGGUGUGUCGCGUCAUUCCCUGAAUUGUAUAUUGAUGUAAAAUCAAAGCGCAUUACCUUGCCGCCUUUAUAUUUAAUAUUACGCGCGUUUAAUCGUUUUAAGAUAAUAAAGAGUAUUUGUUCAUACAAACGCACGCGUCCCCGCCCGCUCCUCUGCCGUUUUUCCCGCUCGUCCCGCGACGCUGACUCAGCGAAUUGCAAAUCUCAUUAAAUGCAUACUUGCGUGCGUACGGAUUCGUUUUUUGUAUGUUUUCCUGCGCAUCAUUAAAAAUGAUCCGUGCGACACGUUCUCGGAUUUGCUGUCGCUAUACCGAGCAUCAUGGCUUAAGUCAGUAAAUCAAAAACGCCCACGUAUUUUUAAUUAUAAUUAUGUUUUAUAUGUAUAUAUAGAUAUAUCUUUAAUUUUAAAAUUAUUUUUUAAAGCCCACCUUACACGAUCUGAGGAUAGAAAUCUGACGUGUCUCUAACUUUUAUAUCGCAUGCUUUAAAUACGAGAAUGUAUUUUAAUAUAUUAUUAUUUAAAUAUAUGUAUAAUGUGAUAUAUAUUAA